AUGGAUGCAAGUUCUUCGCAUGGUUUGAUGAAGAGCAUGGUACAUUAUGGCAAAAAAAGAGCUUUGAUUGAAGCCCAGAAUGAGAUCCGAGAGAAGAGUAGAGUGAUUGAGCAGUUAAACAAAAUGAUUGCAGAACUGAGAAGUAAUUUGGAGAAGAUACAAAAUGAAGGAAAUUGUUAG